AUGGGUCUCCUAGCGCUUGGGACGGCCCUUGAGUGGACAGAAGCUAGGAAGCGAGCGGACCAAGUUCGCAAAUGGGGGAUUGAGCAACUCCUGGCGAAUUGGAAAAGGGCGAAAGGGAAGGAACGCGACGCCCUCCUAUGGGGUGACGAGGUCGAAUACCUCGUUGUAGCCGUUGACGAUGAAACGAAAAAGGCUCGUCUAUCGCUAGCCCAGGCAGAGAUUCUUAAAUCACUGGCUCAGGAUGAAGCUCUAUGGAAGGAGGGUUCAUCUCAGCUUGCUGAGAAUAAGGAACACGAGGGCGAGGAUCUACCUCACUUCCACCCGGAGUUUGGACGCUUUAUGCUCGAGGCUACACCAGGCGCACCUUGGGGAAUUGAUUUUAAGGAUCUGCUUAAAGUUGAGUCGAAUAUGAGAUGGAGGCGAGAGAUCGCAAAGGCGCACAUGGCACCUAAUGAGUACCCUAUCACUCUUACCACAUUCCCUAGGCUAGGGUCAAAGGAUGAAUACAUUCAACCAUAUUACCCCCCAUCAGGGCCUGCAUUGCGAUCACAAUUCGUUCCAGACGAAAUCGCAAAUCCCCACAUCAGAUUCCCUACAUUGGCAGCCAACAUCAGGUCAAGAAGGGGCCGUAAAGUGGAAUUGAAUGUGCCAGUGUUCAAAGACAAGAACACUCCCGAGCCGUUCAAGGACCCAACAGUGAACUAUAAUCUUCAUAAUUGGCCAGAAGACGACGAUGUCAGGAAUGGAGCAGCCAAGGACGGUCAUGUUUACAUGGACGCGAUGGCUUUUGGAAUGGGCAGUUGCUGUCUUCAAAUCACGUUCCAGGCCAAGAAUAUGACGGAGGGAAGGAAGUUAUACGAUCAAUUGAGUCCGCUGGGGCCAAUUCUUCUUGCACUUACUGCCGGAACUCCGAUUUAUAAAGGUUUCCUCGUCGACACAGAUGUCCGCUGGAAUCAGAUCGGCAAUGCUGUCGACGACCGGACCCGGGAAGAACUUGGUGAAGUUCCUUUGAAAAAUGACAGGUGGAGGAUCCCGAAGUCAAGAUACGCGUCGAACUCAACAUAUAUUUCUCAAGACCCCAGGUUGCGCAAGGAGUAUCUUGAUCCAGAUCUAAUUGUCGACGAAGAUAUCAAGGAACGUCUGAUGCAAGAGGGCAUGGAUGAACUGUUAGCAACCCAUUUUGCACAUCUAUUCAUCCGCGAUCCCAUUGUCAUCUUUUCGGAAGACCUUGAGGAAUUGGAUUUAAGCAAAGCCGAUCAUUUUGAAAAUCUCCAGUCAACAAAUUGGCAACACAUGCGCUUCAAGCCACCACCACCCGAAAAGGCCGAUAUUGGCUGGAGAGUCGAAUUUCGAUCGAUGGAAAUCCAGAUGACUGAUUUUGAAAAUGCCGCUUUCAGCAUCUUCAUCGUCCUUGUCACACGUGCCAUAUUGAGCUUCGACUUGAACCUCUACAUUCCCAUUCAGCGAACUACCGAAAACAUGGAGACAGCACAUGCCCGUAAUGCCGUUCUUGACCGAAAGUUCUACUUCCGAAAGAAUCUCUUCUCCCGAAGAGCUCACAGACCAUCUCCGCACUCGUCGAGUGGCAGUAAUUCCUCGUCAGUCACGUCUUUGGAAUAUAAUACGCCGCCCCCCUCUCCUCCUCUUGGCCCUGUUGAAUCCGAGUAUGAGCUCAUGACUAUUUCUGAUAUCAUUAACGGCUCUGAGGAUGGGAAAUUCCCAGGAUUGAUUCCACUGGUUGAGUCUUAUUUGAAUAGCGUCAACGUGGAUGUUGAGACUCGAUGUUCAUUGGCAAGAUAUCUUGAUUUAAUCCGGAAACGAGCAAAUGGUACUCUUUGGACUGGAGCCAGGUGGAUUCGUGCAUUCGUCGCUUCUCAUCCUGCGUACAAGUAUGACAGCGUUGUGUCUGAAGAGAUCUGCUAUGAUCUUGUGAAGGCUGUCGAUGAGAUGGCGGUAAAUGAAGGGCGAAAUGGAAGCAUUGGGUGGGAAUUACUUAGAGGAAAAAGGGAUUAA